AUGGCGCCUGCCAAAGAGCAUCGCCGAAGCGAAAAGAAACGACGUCGCACAUCGCACGUGGUGAGCGCAGCCGCUUUGAAAAAACUCAGGGUCCGUGUGGCAGCUCUCUGUUACCAAGGCAACGGGGUCUGCGGGUCUGCGUCAAUGGGAUAUCCAGCACUGGGAAUCGAUAGGAAAGUCAUGGCACGCCCCAUCCUCAUGCCCGUGGCCUUGUGCCUUGCGGUGGCUGCACUGCUGCGAUCCAUGUCUUUUACUCACAAGCUCGACCUUCAGACGCAGCAGCUGCGGGCCUUGGAAACCGCGACUUUGUCCACAGGGCUUUCCAUGGCAGGAGCUCUGCCAGCCUUCGCCACCUGGGGCGAGGGGUCGGAACCAGGGCAGAACAUCGACCCGGCCCGGGGGCCCAGCCAGCCGCGGCCCAGGGCCGAUCGGUUUACAGAUUCCACUGAGUACUACAACCGUAAGGUGUUGAAUGCCACCGCGAUUUGCCUCACCUUCGCGGUCUUUCUCUUUGGCCUGGUCGUCAGCCAGGCACGAAAGUUGGUGGAGAACAAGUGGCUCAACUGA